UAGAUAUUCCUUGUACUCUUCGUAGUUCGCUUGUACACGUGAAAUGAAAACUCGGCUCGACUGUAGUGCGGCACAAACACAUUAUCCUGCUCGUAGUCUAGACAUCGAGCGUGCAGACGUGGACUGACGCGAGUACCAGAUAACUGCGCUUAAGCUAAACAUAUACCUGGGAAGAUUUCACAAUCAAAGACAGUUGACCCAGCGCCCAGGUCUUCCGCCUUGAUGUCCAUAGAUAUCAACUGGGAGACGCUCACCUCCGGGCCUGAUGGCGCGGCCUUGGCCGAUACCGUUCGUGAUUUCAUCCAUGACCGCUUCCAAUCGAUUCCUCUUCCCAAGCUGAUCCGCUCUGUCAAUGUCCAUAAAUUCGAGUUCGGAAAGACUGCACCUGAGAUCGUGCUCAAGGAUAUCUGCGAUCCGCUGCCUGACUUCUAUGAAUCCGACGAUGAAGAAGCGAACAGCGAUGCGGAUCCAGCGAAGGACAUGAGCCCAAGGACGGAAGAGGCACCCCCGACCACCAGAAACACUCGACCGAAUGCAAGAAAUGUACAAGCCUCAGGUCGGACAUUUCCCGUGGAUCUACAAGGAAACUUGGGCAAUCUACCGGCCCCUGGACUCAUGCGUGCGACCUCGAAUUUGGGAUACUUCCAGCAUCUUUCGGCCGGUCUUUCGGGCUCUCAGACACCUCUGGCCGCUGUGGCCGGCGCGCAUUUUCAAACAGGACCCCCACCUACCUCCGGAAAUCACCAUCAUCAUGCAGAGUCUUUCAGCUCGAUCUCACCGCCUCCAUCGGAUACUCCGACAUCCUUACGAGAGCACUCGUACUACGAACCUUCCAAUGAAGCAAUCGCCGACGACCUCGAUGGACAGUCUGAGGCAGAGAAGCCUCAACGACCGGAAAGCAGUCCCGAGGAUGUCCAGAUAGUAUUUCACGUCACGUACUCAGGCGAUAUAAGAUUGUCCUUGACCGCUGACGUGUUCCUCGACUACCCAAUGCCGAGCUUCGUCGGCAUUCCUCUGAAACUACGCAUCACCGGCAUCACGUUCAACGGUGUGGGCAUCGUGGCGUACAUCAAGAAACGAGCACACCUAUGCUUUCUCAGUCCGGAUGAUGCAGAGGCGCUGGUCGGAGGUGAGACGCUCGAGUCUCUGGACGAUUCAGGCGAGAAAGACGACACGGCUCGUCCGAAGAAAGUGGGCGCGCUUCUCGAGGAUAUCAAGAUCGAGAGUGAAAUGGGAGAGACGGAUACAGGGAAGCAGGUCCUCAAGAACGUCGGUAAAAUCGAAAAAUUCAUCUUGGAGCAGGUUCAGCGCAUUUUCGAGGACGAGUUCGUGUAUCCAAGCUUCUGGACAUUUUUGGUGUAGAAAACAAUGCCAUCUGGAGAGGUAUCAGAUGCUCGUUGUACCAUGAAGCUAUCACGUAGGAACCGUUCCGCCCUCGUCCUAAUUGCCUGUCCCGUUUUCUGAGGCAUAAUGAGAUCAGGCGCACGUACAAAAAGUGACGUUCUGAAAAGUGGAACAAAGAAAAGUGUUU